UCGCGCGCGGCGCGCACUUCGCACGCUCGUCAGUCGACACGCGCCGGAAACGUCGUCGGCAAAGGGAGCACGCACGCAACAUCAGCAGCAGUAGCCAGUAAGGAGAGAGAUCCGCGAAGUGAUAUAAGGACAAGAGGUUCGAGGGAUAUCACAAGAAUGAGGCUCCUCGCGGUCGUCGUGGCUUUUCUCCUUCAGGCGUGGAUCGUCUCAUGCGGGACGAGACCCAGCUUUGUUUCCGAUCAGAUGAUCGCGACUGCGGCCAGUGUCGUAAACGCCUGUCAAACGCAAACGGGAGUUGCUACAGCCGACAUAGAAGCGGUAAGAAACGGUCAAUGGCCGGAAACACGUCAAUUGAAGUGCUACAUGUAUUGUCUCUGGGAGCAAUUCGGUCUGGUCGACGACAAGAGAGAGCUAAGUCUGAACGGUAUGCUGACAUUCUUCCAAAGAAUACCUGCCUACAGAGCUGAGGUCGAAAAGGCGAUCAGCGAGUGCAAGGGGCUCGGUAACUAUUUGGCGAAGGGUGAUAAUUGCGAGUACGCGUACACGUUCAACAAGUGUUACGCGGGAUUGUCUCCGAGAACUUACUAUCUGUUUUAAUGGAUCGUGGGAGGACAACGGCAAACAAGAAGACCAAAAACAAAAUGCUCAAGAUACAAUUUCGCCGAAUGUGUUGAGAUUUUUAGGUUUAAACUACUUUCCCAUGUAACUGCUGUACGCGCCGUAUUAAGUAAAUCAUACAUGAUGUGUCGAUGAAAUAAAGGAUUCGAUCUAAUCGAUGU